GCUUUGUGGUAAAGUACAGUAGUUAGCUGUCGCUCAGAUCAACAAGCCACUAUUUUGGAAGCAGUUUGAUAAACACGAGCUAUCCCUCAGUUGAUGUCAGUCGUUAUCUGCGUUUCCAACGAGACAUAUCACGCGUGAUAAUCGAUAAACCAGCACAAACUAGCCAGCCACGUAGCCCUGAACCGAUCAGUUUGGAUAGAUAUCGUCGGUUGAACUUUAAAAAACAGCUAGCUCGUUUUUCUUUCCUUUUUUUUCUUCCACAUCAGACAGCCGAGCAGCCAACGUCUCUUGUCUUUUUUGACUCAAUCGUUAUAUUAAGCAACAACUUUUUGACGACUUGGCAUUAACGGUUAACGGUCAACCAGCCUCCGUAUUAUUUUUUGCCAUUUAGAGCAACACUCGGCUUAUUUUUGUACGCCAAGCUAUCUUACACCUUGUUUUUGUCAACAAGCUGUAUUUUUUGGAAUAUUUGUAGAUAACGGCUACGAUAUUAAGACAACAGCUCGCCUUAGAAAGAAGGCGAACAAGCUCAGCUGUCAGCCUGAACCACCAGAACCUUUACCUGAACAAUCAUUUAAGAAGGAGAUCAAUCCGGCUUUUAAAACUGCCCCGGUGCUGCAACGUUUUUUCACGACCUUUAACUUUUAAAUAGCCGGUUUGAUAUCCUGCAGGAGUGACUAUUUUAACGUUACCUUUCGCCUUCUGAAUAAUAACUAUCAGAGCAGCAAGAUAAGCAGUCUUAGGAUCCGGAGCAGGCUGUGUAGACCCACGGAAUCCCUCAUCGGAUUGUUAUAAUAUCAGUGUUAUUGUUGAAAAUGGCGGCGAUCAGACUGGUGCAGAUGUUGAUCGAAGCAGCUGAGUACCUUGAUCGCAGGGAACGAGGUAAAAUGAAACUGUAUUGUGUGUUUUAAAAAUCACCCUCAUUUAUAGACAUGCCUUUGCAAUUCUCAGAUUUUGUCGCAGCCCUUCAUUUCUGAUCGGGUCAUGCAUUAAACAUUGACAUGUUAUUGUGUUUUGCAAAGCAACACUGCAGAAUGCACGAGUAAGGUUCCCACUAGUAUGCAGCAUUUUGUGUAAUUUAAUCCCAAAGUGAGAAAUGCACAUGCAAUUCCCCUGUCUUUCAUGCUUUGAGAGAGAUGCAUAUGUGGCAGAUGCAGUCAGAUGUGCAGGGAGACAUUGUUUUCAUGGAAGCCCCUCCUUUCCCUCUGUUGUGGUUUGCUAGUGGGGUUUAUUCCAGUUCAAGAUGACAUCAUUGUCCAGGCUGAGGGAGAAAACACUGGAGAAAGAUACUGCAGAAAACCCAUUCAUUGCAUACCGGGCGCUUGAACAUGAAGCAUUGCAACAAAAUUCAAAAAAAGGGCUCGAGAUUAAAUUUGGCACUCUUCCUGUUCCUUGUUUGUCAUCAUUUUCCUGUGGCUAUAUUUUGCACUGCCAGAUAUCUUGGACAUGUGACCACUAUGUUGUUUAUUUGCUUGCAGAAGCUGAGCACGGCUAUGCCUCCAUGCCUCCCUUCAUCAGCAGCCGAGAGAGGGAGAGCUUGAAAAGGAAAAGCAAAAGCAAGAAAAACACAAGUAGCAGGUAAAGGCGUUUCGGCUCCUCGUUGUGUCAUUAUUCAGCUCUGCAACGACAAGGCACUGAUUGUAUCCAAAUAUCAAGUGUGUCCUUACAUAUUGAAGCACAAUGUCAAUUCUUAUUAUGCAUCAUUUUAUUGUUUUUUUUUCACCCUGGAAAUACAUCUGUGUCAUGCCAGUGCUAUGAAAUACAGCCCCCAUGCCCUGAAAUGAAAAUUCAUAAUAAUGGUGCUGAAUAGAAUUCAAGUUUCUUUAUACAACACCAAUUAGGAGCCUGUUUUAUCGUCUCUAAGUUAACGUACACAGCUGCCGUUGUUCUACCGCAGGAGUUUGACAUAUGCAGAAGCAGAAGAAGCCUGUAAUUAUGCUGCUUAUGCUCGCUUCAGUGGGAGUGUAUCUGGUUAAAGUCUUGGUUUCCUCCCCUUUGCUCUCCUUUAAAGCAUUUGACUGACAGCAGCAAACAUCAGCCAGGCUGAUAGUGAAUGGUCACUCGGUGAAGGCAAAGUGGGUCAGUCAAGGUGACAGCGGAAGACAUGUCAGUGAAUGGAGGGGGUUGAGGACAGCAGCAGACCCCUCAAUGGAAACAGAGAGUGGAAUUGGAGUCUCUGCAACCAUCAGUCCAUUAAUCAGUGCAGUAACAGUGCAGAUAUGUGUUUAAUCCACAUCCCGCAGAUCAAUGUGCGCUCCGUGAUCAGAUUUCAGCUGGAUUUUAUGACUCUAUGUUUAGUAGUACUUCUGCACGAUCGCAAUCCAAGUCUUCAUAACCUAAAAGAUUUCAUUGAAUAGCACAUAAAAGACCUUAUUGAAUUAGCAGCAAAACAACACCCAAUUAGUGCAAAAACAGGGUUUCAUGUUUGGCUGCAGCAGAAAAGUUGGCAUGGAUGGAAUAUGGAUGGAUGAAGAGAGAUUUUUCUAAUAAACAGUGACAGUGAAGACCUGUCAUAUUGCUGCCACCCACUGCCGUGUUCCUGCUUUUAAUCGGAAAGAUAAAUAUCUAUAACCUAAACAAGCGUAACCGAGAAGAACCUUGCAUCGUGUGUAUAGAGGCAGUUGGUUCAUAUACCACAAAUGUCAUGUGAGGUGAGAAGCAGCAGUAACACACUAUUAUUUGGCAGAGUUACAGACAAGAAGAAAAGCAGCCAGGUCAUAUCAGGCAAGUGUGCACGUUCAGACUCAUUGUUUACAUGUGUUGAAUCCACGUCAGGUAUCUCCACAAUGAGGACACACAAGUCCAUACCUUUUAUUAGACUGAAUGCGUUCCUCUGCCAUUGUGAUGUGUUGAAAUGAGCAUACAGAGCACAUAAGGUGACGCAUAUAAAUAAGCACCUAUAGGUCUCUUACCUUCUGUAACCCAGCUGCACUAUCUGCAAUCAUGGAGACUGCCACACACUGAUAUUUAAUAUGCUGUAAAGGCACCCCUCUCAUAUUGCAUCAGAGCUCAGUUUGCAAAGUUCGAUCCCGUGUAUUAUUCAUUUUAGUAUUUCCAAACAUCAAAACAUUCAUUAAUUUAUGUCUGCUUGCAAAUGAAUCGCAAAGUAUCCAACUGGGCGGAUAUUUCAAACACUGAUCUGUCAAAGCUCCCCCAAGCUGCACACAUAUUAUAGAACAACCACUAUGUUCCAGAGGUGCGGGAACACACCUUUACUAUGUGAGAAGUAGGACAACAUGUCGUUCUAGUUUAUGUUUGAUGUAUGCUUUAACCUGAACUUUGUCUGGUAUGGCUUCCAUGUUGAGUAUUAAGUGACUGGGGCACACGGGGUGAAGCAUAUAUACGGUCAUAUAAAUAAGGUAACAAAGAAUCCUGUUACCUCUCAUAACCAUAUGUGAAACAGGCUUUAUUACCUGUUGCUCUAAAGUUACUGCUAUAAAGGGACAUUUUAGUAUUCCAUACCUUCAUUUACACACAUACCUGAGAUAGAAUCACACCACUAUCAGCAUUUUAGCGUGAGGACCAUAAACGGUACGGUAUAUUAAAUGAGACCCCGUAAGUGUCAAAGGGCUGUGGAGCCGCGAGUUUAAGAGCUCCCCCUGCUGACUGCCUCAGUUGUGUUAGCAAAUAACACGCGGGUCAGACUGUAAAGUUUGGAUACAUGUACAAAUUUUUAUUAGAUAGGUUAAUGUCAUUACAGUUUGUUAUUAUCCAUCUAUUUUUAGGACUAUUACACAGAAUUAUCAGCAUCACACAAGAUGUUUUCCAGGUACAUUUUAGGAGGGACUUUAAAUGAGGGUCUAGCAACUGUUGUAACACAUCAAAUCAAAAAAAUCAGACUGAAGAAGUAAUGAAAAAACAUCAGUAUCAACUAAAUCAUAACAAACACCAACAGAACAGCUGUGAAGCUUUCCACAGCUGUAAGUAUCAACACAAGAGUCUGUCCUGUUGUGUUUUAUCUUUAGGUUGAGUAUGUGUUUUGGUUGGCAGAAAGGGUGGGGCAUCAGUCCUGCAAUGCUUCUGCACACACUCAAACUGCAGCAACACAAUUUGUCAGCACUCAUGGAGGUUUGGCUUCACAUGUCAAAAUGGUCAGAAUUGAAGACAUGUCAUCCUUCCUGUAUACCGCCAAUGUUGUGGAUUAUAACUUAAAACUAUUUUUAACCUCGAGUGAGCAUUUUCUAGAUUUUCUGUGUUGAAAAUAUUGAGUUUUAACCCAACAAGUUGUUACAGCCAAAGGCUACAGCUGGCCUUUAAAAUGCUCUCCAGGAGAAACGUAGUGAUACUCAAAUAUUUGGUCCAGGCCUGUUAGCAAAGACAUUUUCCUACUGGGCUCGACACGGUUGUCGAUGACAGUGAAAGAUUUGUAGUGUUGGGUGCUGUAAGAACAUAUCUCCUCUGAGCAGAACAUGUCUGAACAUGCUUAAGAGGCACUUUAUUUUUAGACAUGUGUGGUGGAAAAACUCCAGCUUUGUGUGUCAAGUAGCCCACUAGCUGCUGCAGGUUCGGCUUUUGUUUGCAGCCCUUGAGCCUUUAAGUGUUCUGCUGUUUGCUUUGACCACUCGCUGUUGUUUCACUGCAAGGUUGUGUCGGGCUCGCAGCAUCUCCCUCAUCGGCUGAGAGAACUUUAUCAGCUACAACUCAUCACUAUUUAAAGACGGUUAGAGCCAAUCCGGUUAUUAAUAAGGGUUUCUGCUCAGCCUGGAUGAUUUGAUAUAGUGUGUGUGAUAGCCCUGAUCAUUAAGAGGCAGACCAGCACACAGUGGAAGGGUAUCACUCCUCCAACUGAUUUCUGCCAGAGAAGAGUGAAACACGAAUUGAUCUGCUUCUGUUUGAAGUUUUAUUCAGACCUGCAGAAAUAUAGGGCAUGGAGCCACCAAUGUGUUUAAAGUCACUCAACCCUGUAUGUUCAAGCCCCACCAGUUUCUGUUGUUUCCCAAUGGUGUGGAUGUGUGAGGAGUGGGGGAAGGGAGUCACCCUCUCGCUGGCGUGUAUAUGUGUGCAUGUGUGUCAGUAGUAGUGACUCCCCCAUCCCCCUCAUGGCUCUCUCUCCCUCUCGUGUUUUCCCUCUCUCCUCACCUCCCUCCCCCCCUCCGCUGUGUCUUUCCUGCUCUGCUCUCGCUCUUUGCAGGCAGAGGAGAGCAGAGCACCAGCUCCUCCAUUACAUAGAUGGAGAAUCCUCCCCCACCCGUCACACAAACACACACUCUGUGCAACUACAGUGCGGUAUGGAAAUCAUACAGUGAGCUUGCCUUCCUUGUUGAGCGGGCAAAUGGAGUCUUUACUGUUGAAGUUACUGUAGCUGCAUUAUGUGACUCCUUAGAGGUGAAACAGGUGAACAGAUUUCUGAUGGAGAAUCUUGUUUUUCUGUGUUCUCAAAGCGUUAUCAGGAUAUUAAUCUGAAUCCUCAAGUACAGAUCUGUGUCCAAUCUCCAGCUGGUCCCCUUAUUAAACUCAGAGACCCCAUCCUUCACAAGUGAGUGGAGUCAAUUAUUUGCCGGGGUAUUUUCUUCUUUUUAUUAUUGAGAAUGAUUUACAUUCACAGUGGUCAUGCACCAGCAGACAAAAUUAAUCUAGUGCAGUGGAAAGUCCCACCAAAAACUGCAGGAGGAGGAGGAAAGUCAAAUAAUCUUGGAAAUCUUUUUUAUUCUGCAGGUGAGGGUGUCCUGACACUUGUACGUUCAACCCUCAGACUGCAUUGGACUACAUCAUUAAAAGUCCAAUUUCUAUUUUAUGUCUACUCUUGUAUCCAUAUUUAUGCUUUUGUUCUGUCCUCAGCUUUAUUUGACUGUUACAUGUUCAAAGCUGAGCGCGUAUCUUGAGGGUAUUUAUAUAAGAGCCCCAACAUGCUGGAGUAUUGUUGAAGUUUAUGUGUUGAUACUGGAAGGAUUAAAACAUUUUGAGACUUCAUAUAAAGGCCUGCCUCUAAUACAAGCCUGCUUCAAAUAAAGAGCCUUACCUUCUGCAGUAAAAGCAAAUUAAGUCCAGGUUUAUAAUCAAGGGUAUGUGGGACUCACUGAAAUAAACACACAGUAUGAACAUGAAUGUGAUCCGUCAUGGUUGUCUUUAUGUGACAGGAAGUUAGUUGGUGUCAUAACUUAAAGAAAAGUCAUGAAGGUCUGUCUUACUUCUUUCAAGAAUGAAACCUCCAAAGAAAACAUUUUGAGACUGUAUGUAAAGGCCUGCCUCUAAUACAAGCCUGCUUCAAAUAAAGAGCCUGACCUACUGCAGUAAAAGCAAAUAAAGUCCAGGUUUAUAAUUGAGGAUAUGUGGGACUCACUGAAAUAAACGCACAGUAUGAACAUGAAUGUGAUUCGUCAUGGUUGUCUUUACGUGACAGGAAGUUGGGUUGUGUCAAAACUUAAAGAAAAACAUGAAGAUCUGUCUUUCUUCUUUCAAGAAAAGACUCCCUAAAUUAUAUUUAAUGGUGAAGAUAAUUACCCCCAACAGAAAGUGUAAUUGCGAGUGAAGGGGAGCUCAGGCUAAGUUUUAGCAGUAUCACCAGCCAACAGUUUCUUGUUCAGUUCAGUUGCUGCCGACGCAACUGAAAUCCAGCUCCCCCUUGUUGUGUUGUGGCUGUAUAAGGUGGAGGGGUGGAGAGUUAUAGGACCGGGGAAGGAGUUGAGAGGUGUCUGAAAUCUGGCCUGGAUAACAGGAUCAUUUCCCUGCUUGCUCUGUUAUGUCACCAGCGGCUGUCUGCCUUGCACUGGAAUGCACACUGGCUGGAGGUGAGAUAGAGAAGACCCAAAGCUAAAACAUGAUACCCUGCACCACACACAGGGGCAUGACACGCUUUACUGUUUAGCUUGAUGUGGCUGAGGGUGGUGAGAGACAGCAUUGGCGAGCUUGAUUUUUAAAAUCAAAUCAAACAUGGAGGUUUACUGAGGUGGGAAGUGAAGAUUUGGGGUGUGGGGGAGCAAGAGUCCUUUGAGGAUCUAUGUCAGGGUGACAGUUUCAGACCUUGCCAAGCUGAAAGUGCAAAGGCUAUUUUGGGAGCUGGGGUGGGGGUGUGGGGGUCCAGAGGUCAGGUGGAGGUAGAUAAAAGUUCAGGGUUGGUGAAAGGAUCUUCUUCCUCACCUUUCUUCCCCCAUCCCCACCCACUCUCCCCUUUCCAAGCAGACCAGACAAGCCUGCUCCUUCCAAAAAGUCCUCCUAAAUCCAUAUUUGCGUCUGCUUUUUUCUCUUUGUGUGCUGCCUUAGCACUGCAAUGCAGGAGUCGCGCUGCCCACUAGCACACCUCCAUCUCUCAGUUUACCUUCAGAGCCGCGUCUUCCCCCACCUCCACCUUUCUCAGUGAUAUGUACAAAGUGGAUAAUCAGACAAUAUGAAGGGGCAGAGUCCCUUCCUCUCCUGCUCCUGGCUUCUGUUUCUGGUUACUGUUACUAUGUUUACCCAUGGCCUCUUGACACUGCAUUCGAGUAUGGUUCCUAAAAAAGCACCAGUCUCCUGUGUAGAACAAGCCCAGGGCAUCAGAAUACCAAACCUGUUCUUCUAUUUUCCUAGAAUCUCAUUUUGUCCGCUGUUCUGACUGCUCAUAAACUCCCACACAGCCUUUUCUCUCUUUCUCGCCCUCCCCUGCAGUACGGCCUCGGACUGCAAUGAUGGCAUACAGAGAGGAAACCUUACCCUGUUUAAUCAGCUGCUCUCUUAUUAUAUGUGGUUUCUAAUGUGUGUUUUAUCUUCACAGGUCUACGCACAAUGAAAUGGAAAAGAACAGGUAUGUAUGAAUGUCCUUGUGUAGUUGUGUGUGUGUUCAUUUGUGUAUAUUUGUCCUAUUUUUGCAAUAAAAUUAAAGCCUCAAACAGCAAUAAACAGCCCCUGGCAUUGCUCAUGUUUGGGUGUGUCCCAACUGUAAGGUAUAGGGAAGCUGCUGGUUGUGUAGCAGUUGCAACAGCACACUGGCAGUUGCUGCAACACAAUGUACGCAUCGUCUUUCAACAUGCAUUUGCAACUUUAAGUACACAAAAUAACGUAACACACCCAUUUACAAGUUUGUGGAUUUCACACAGUGUUUAGGAUGGCGCUUUAAUCAAAGAGCUAAAGUUGAAAAGCAAUUCAAAACUUAAACUAAAACAUCUUGUUUCCAAAAGUUACCUUAACUAAAAUCAAUAUGUUGAUGAGGUGAGUCAUUUUCCCACAUUUGUUAUCAAACCUGUGAAAUUUGGAGCAAAUUGGGCAUUGUAUGUAUAUGCUACCAUAAUGUAGCGCUAUGAUCGGAGCCAAAAAUAAGCAUUUAGAUGUGUUACCAGCGUUUCAGUUACCAAGUCGGAAAAAAGCAAAAUCGGAAGCGGAAACAAGAUGGCUACAUCUACGAAAGGGGAUGCUAAAAUAACUUAAAAUAAGUAAAAUAACAAGCGCUAAAAUAACUUUCGUAGAUGUAGCCAUCUUGUUUCCGCCUCAGAUUUUGCUUCUUUGCGACUUGGUAACUGAAAAGCUGGUAACUCGGGUGUGACGUCAUUCCCAGCUUGGACAUCUGACUUCUGAGGUGACUCGAACGCAGCAAGUCGGACAGACCACCAGAGACGCACUUUUUGUUUUAACGCAACAAUUCUCUUUAAGUUGCAUGUAUGAAGCCAGUCAGUUUAACGGCAUGUUAAAGUCUCUGGGAUUUAUUGUAGACAUAAAAAUAAAAAAAACUCUACGAGUCCCAAUGAAGUCCUGGCACUACAUUCCAGUACUCCAGGGCCCUAUUUACCACUUUUGCACUUAGUUUAAUGAAGCUAUAAUUAGAUUUGUCAGUGGUAAUUGAAUGUUGAUAUUAAGGUUGUGCCAGUUGCCUCAGACACUCUACUUGUACGAUGGUGACGUUGUGAUGUAAAAUGUAAAUAAUGUCACAUUUAGAAGAUUUGGAGUAAGUUUAAAUGAGACAUCCAUCAUCAGAGUAGAUUGUUGGUGUAGCCAACAAAUAUGGAGUUGUGCCGCCGUGUCCCCACAUGGCACAUUUCAAAAUCCUUCUCACUUGCAUCCGGAAACAAAUUUGUGGCUUGUGGUUAUUGACGGACUCUGAAAUUUCACAAACUAUCAUAAAGAUGCUCUUUAUUCAGUGACGUUUAAAAAAAAAUAGCAUCCACUCCCUAAGCAUUAACCAACAAUCAUCAUUAGAAGUCUGAAUAUUUAACUGUGCCGACACAACAGAUUUUAAAACCUCAUUAAUGUGAUAAUGCCUAUCAGAUCUCUAUGGAACCUGUUUGAAGGGAUAAGAUCAUCCGAACAAAAAUCCCCGCGCUGAGAUUUGACUCGUUUCUCAAGCGCGCAUUUUAACCUUGAACAUGAAUCUUUUUUGCGUUACUCUCGGUGUUUCGUCGUGCCUGUGCUUGCUGAUCCAAACCAGCAGCUCAGUGGACAGCCUGAAUAAUGUAUAGCACAGGAGCGUGUGCCUGGGAUUUAACCCUCUGAGUGUAUGUGGAGAUACCUCAUGCCCAGCAGUAAGUCAAAGUUACGACCACAGCCCGCCCUAUUACGCUUGUGAACAUGUGUAGCCUUAGGCCCGGUACUCCCACCAGUAGUUUGAUGAUAGAGAGCAAUCAUAGGCACACAGUAAAUAACUCAUAGCAAUCCACUUCCUGCAAAGCUAGAGAGGAGUGAUAACAUCCCCACUUCCUGCAGCAAUAUUGGCUCUUUGAAAUCUACAAACAUACAUUCGAAUUCCCACAUUGCGUGCAGCCUGCUUCCCUCUGCUGCUGCUGCUGCUGCUGCUGCACACAAAACCAAAAUAUGAGUGUGUGUGUGUCCAUGAAACACGACUCCAGCAGCCACCACCACGCCUUUUUACUUGCAAAGGUUCUCUCAGCUGGUCACGGGAAGUUACAGCUGGGGGUCAGAGGGCGAGAGGGGAUGACAGUGGAGGUGAUUUACUGCAGCUCUGUCAAAGUGCAUCUCCGUAACCUAGUUAUUUUUUUAGUUUGCAGAGGGUGCAGCUUUGGGAAGUGCUGCUGGAAGAGAAACCAUCUUUGUUUGCGAGGAACGAUUAGGUUGCAGCUGUUGUUAUGCAACAGGCUCCACUUGAACAUUCCCCUCACUUGGACCUGAGAGGCAAACUUCGCGUGCAUUUAAAAAAGCACGAAACUGGGGUAAUGAGAUGUAGGUUCUCGCCUGCGGCUGAUAGCACACAAGUCUGAAGCGCCACAUACAUUUUUCCAUAUUGACACACGCGCUGAAGCCACACUGACCAGAAAUACCUGUUGCUGAAGCAGUGCUGUGCUCUGCAGCUAUGCCCGCAGUGUUUUUCUGCGCUCAGACACCAUGUGACCUGCGCUGUUUCAUGAGUCUGCUGCUUGUCAGUGUUUAACAAACAUUAGCUAGCCCUGCUGAUCCCAUAUUAUGUCAGAACAACACAGACAAGGGCAUUUCCAUGUUACGUAAUAACACUGUGCAUGCCCUUUGGACUGAGUCAGCUGAGAAACAGCCACUUGUUCUCAUCUACUGAGUACUGCUUUGAAUGAGUGUGCGUAGGAUUCGCUCACUUUUGGUUGUGUGUUUAAAGUUUUGAAAAGGCCGAGAGGUGAGGAAACGUUUGAACUUGCACACUCAAAUCAGUCUUAAUCUUUGACUGUUUGACUGAAGUCUCUCCAGGAGUGACGCUCACAUCAGGAUCGCCCGCAGCAGACAGUUAAUGAACAGCUCAUCCACAGCGAGUCCUCAGCUACCGAAAAAAAAACCCAUUUAACUCUAAGGAAGAGCCUGACGUGUACACGCCCACUCAGCCAGGCCCAUACAGGCGUAUAGACACGUACACACUCGACAGAGACCACAGAGCCGGAGGUGUGUGUUGUGUAACAGCAGGGUCAAGUGGUCAGAAACUCCCCCAGACCUCAGCAGCUGGCCAGGCUGCCAGUUAAGAGUGUCUGUGCGUAUGAGAAGGAUUGUGUGCCAUAGAUGACAUUACUAAUGAGCACAGUAUAAUCACAGAGGACUGGAUUUAACUACUGUUCUCUGGACUGAGACGUUGCUCCUGGAAAGCUGCCUGUUAAUUAAAUUAGACUGUACAUUAAAUUGUUAUUUCUUUAACUUCUUAUUUACAGCAAAUCUUUAGUGAGCAGGGGUCUAAAUCCUCACAAGCAGCUCUGGGGGGUUAUCCUCAGGUAUUUAACAUAAGCACCAUGCCUAAGCAUACUUAGACAUGCUAAGAAUGGUGCUUUGAGUUAAAUGCUGACCUUCAUAUAUUGAAGAAAGGUGUUGGUAAUAACUCAGUGUAUCUGAAUGAUCCAAAACUAUGAGUGCAGAAAAACAUGAGCAGCAGAGUGAAAGAACAAGUGUGUGUUAGUGAAGCAGAGGGACAAGGUGAGCACUGAGAGUGGAGUUCACAUUGAGCAACAUUAACCAGCCAGUGAUUGAUUGGAUAAAAAGUGAGCAAGUCCAUAUCAAUCUUUACAAUUUAUAAGCCUGAGUUUCUCUGUUUUAAAGAUAAGGGUCAAAAGACCGUAAAAUUAAGCAGGGGUUUAAAUCCUCACAAGCAGCUCUGGGAGGUUAUCCUCAGGUAUUUAACAUAAGCACCAUGCCUAAGCAUACUUAGACGUACUAAGAAUGGUGCUUUGAGUUAAAUGCCGACCUUCAUAUAUUGAAGAAAGGUGUUGGUAAUGACUCAGUGUAUCUGAAUGAUCCAAAACUAUGAGUGCAGAAAACUAGUGUGUGUGAGUGAAGCAGAGGGACAGGGUGAGCACUGAGAGUGGAGUUAACACUGAGCAGCAUAAACCAGCUAAUGAUUGACCGGAUAAAUAGUGUGCAAGUCCAUCUUAUUAUAUGAAAUUUAUAAGCCUGAGUGUCUCUGUCUAAUGAAUGAAAAUCCAUGCAAACAGUUCAUAUAAAAGCAGAGCCAAGUUGAUGUCAUAUUUGGUGCUAAUGUAGGUCAAAGCUCAAAGAUUAAGGAACUGCCCUGCUGUCAAAUGAUCAAAUCAAAGCAGUUUUCUUUGUGUGUUAGAAUAUAUUUAUAUAUAUAGCCAUUAAAAUGAUUAACAUAAGGUUGAUAUAUAGAAAUAGCCCUGAAGAUAUUUGACAUUGAUUCAGAAUUGACUCAUUUCUAACCAUAGAGCAAACCUUACAGGAAGCAGGGAAAUUAGAUAUUUCAGUCGUUUCAAUAAUUGAGGCACUCAAGUAUUUAUACGGCCUUGCUUUUAUUACAAAUCCCAUUUUAAGAAAUGAUUUAUUAAAGACUCUCCGACGAGCUUUCUGAGCUUUAGUCUGGGUCUGAUGUCCUGCAAGUGGAGAUGUGGUGAUGAGAUAGUUCGGUUGUCGUCACGUGACCAAAGCUUAAACUUGGGUGUCUUGAUUUAUCAGAGCAAACUCCCUGCUCUGAUAAAAACAGGACCCCAGAAACGACCAUGUAACAACGCCGUGACUCAGUGUUCAUGCAGGAAAUCACAGACUGGAUUUUGUGAGUAAUGUGCUCUGGUUUCUUUCUGUUUCUCUGUUCUGCAGACGGGCACAUCUACGGCUGUGUCUAGAGCGCUUGAAAUCCCUCGUUCCCUUGGGACCAGAUGCAAACAGGCACACCACCCUCAGCCUGCUGAUGAAGGCCAAAGAUCAUAUCAAGGUGUGUACAAGAGCGAUGGUGCGUGUCUGUGUGAUUUGACCCCAACCAAUCAGUGUGAAGAGGUCAGUGUGCUGAGCGCUGUGGUGGGUUAGCGUGCGUCUUUGAAGACUGAGUGUCCGAGAUAAGCCCCGACACACAUUAACAUUCUCAUUCUGUGGUGUUUUUUUUUCUUCCCCCUCCACGUUUCAGAGGUUGGAGGAGAGCGAUAGGAAAGCUCAGCACACCUUAGAGCAGCUACAGCGGGAGCAGAGACACCUGAGGAGGCGUCUGGAGCAGCUGGGGGUGGAGAGGACCCGCAUGGACAGCACUGGCUCCACCCCGUCGUCUGAUAAGUCAGACUCUGAUCAAGGUUAGCCUUCAAAUCGAUACGCACUAAUAAUACACAGAUGAUAGUCCAUGCAUGUUGGAAAUAAUGCAAAAAUAGACAUUUCCGCUCGUCAGGGAUGUGGAAACCAAAUCGUGGCACUAUGUAACAGUUUUGUUUACUGCUGAUCCCGUUGAUCCAACAGAGGACCUCGAUGUGGAUGUGGAGGGGACAGACUACCUGCUGGGUGACCUGGAGUGGAGCACCAGCAGUGUGAGCGACUCAGGGGACGAGCGAGGCAGCCUGCGCAGCAGCUGUAGCGAUGAGGGCUACUCCAGCGCCAGCCUGCUGCGCCUGCAGGACACUCAGGAGAUGGCCAAGCAGCUGGCCUGCAGCCUAUAGACAGCACCAGUCACUGAUCCUACACCGACCCCCCCUCCUCCGCCAAUCUCCACCUACAUUGUUCCCUCACUGUCCCUCUCAGACCUCACCUCCAUCCAUCCACCCCUCCCUUCCUUCCUUCCUUUCUCCCCACCAGGACUAAAAUCUGAGGCCUCUCCUCCAGCCAGUGUCCUGCAGACUUCCUGUCCCCACAUUGACUUCCAUUCAGACUGCAGCUCCUCUGAGACGGCCGCACACAUCCAGCACAUCAUCAGCGGUUAGUCCAUAGGGUGUCACCGGCUCUGCACCAGUUAAACGAGGAUUUUAAAGACACUCCACCCCCCCUCCGUCCCUCCCUCCGUCCUUCAGAAACACAACUUUCAGCCAGAGAAUGUUACCACACAAUAUCCCACUGCCUCUUUUUCUAUGCCUCAAGAGCCAUGGGAAGCACUUAUGAGAUUUCACCCUUUUCAUACAUACUUCUUUACACACACAAGCAUACACAUACAAACACACACACCUCCAUCGCUCCUAGUUGUCCUAGUGAGACAGAGUCCUCCCAAAGGUGUGACACUGACGUGACGCGGGGCCUUUUUCGGCCCCGCUCACCUUCUGUGCAUGAUCUUUUGCACUUAAGAUUGCUUUUAUUAAACAGUUGCUGUCUCUUACUACCGAGCGCCCCCGCCCCCCCCCUCCACAGCUGUUGCUGCGAGAUGAAGCGAAUGUCCGAGAACACGUCAGUCGUCUGCAGAGUUUGUGUGACGUCACACUGUCAGGGCCGACAGCAAUAUAUCCUUUAGUACCAAGGCUUUGGCGGGCAGACUCGUAACUACCCUGUCAUUUUCUGUCCACACCUGCCAUUCAGAGGAAAAGUAACACAAAAACAAAACAAAACAACAAAAAAAUUGUGCAGCAUGAGAUUGUGUAUGGGCCGGGGAUACGGGAGGGUUUCGCGGGUGGGUUCGAUGUUUUUUCUGCCUCUCUCUGAUGACGGUGGCGUUUUUGCAGCAUCCUUUUUUCAUGAUGUGUGUAUGACUGGUACAACAGGGGUCACUAGCAGGUUUGGAAAUGUUGAACACCAGCCACCAAGCCGAAUGCUGGUAUAUUUAGGCAGGUGCUGGUACAUUUUUGUACACUAAUUCUUCACUGCCCCCUUUCACCAGGUAUUAAUAGCGAGGGAAGAGCCAAUCUACCGAGAGCAGUCGAGAGACUGGAGCACAUUCCAUAAUGUAGAGAGGACAGGCAGGUGAGACUGAGAGAGCAUUAUUUUUCGAGAGUGGAUGUUCCUGCCAAUUAUUUAUGAAGGGAGAGUUCAGCUGGAGACGAGCCGAGUCACCCUAAAAAAGAACGACUGGCUUUAACUUUUCAGUGGGAACAUGCGAGAAACUUUCUCUCUGUUUUCAUGUGAGGAGCACUAAAACGUUUAAGAAAACCACAGAUUCUCUCUUUGCCUUGACUUCAUAGCUAUUUAUUGUUUCUGCAGAAAUGUACACCUUUAAAUGUAAAUAGUUAACAGAAAGAUCUCUAUGUCUAUCAACAAAUGUAUUUAUUAGAUAUACUAAAUAUAUAGAUAAAUAUAUAUAGAUCUAUUUAAUUAGUCAUAGCUUACGUUCUUCUUCUUGUGAGGUUUAUUGAGAGUUCCUAUGUGUAGUUUGUUUGCACAGCCUAGUCAAUCUAUAGAAUAUUUAGAAACGUCUUUUGUGCCUCGAGGCUUUUGUGUCUGUUCAGAUUUCGGCACGGUGCUCCUGGAAAUGAAACAUAUUCUUUGUGAUCUUAAUAAAUUUAGUUGUUUUUCAAAACCAUUUGGCCCUGUAACGGGAAUAAAAGGACAAAAAAAUCUGAAUAAAUGAUCAAAAUAUGAAUUAAAAAGUAUAAAAAAGAGAGGAGCUGUUGGUUGAUGUGGGUGCGGCGAUGAUAUUUCUGGCAAACCUGAGCUGCGUUUUCACCGAAACGUCUCCUUGAACGAAAUGGCUGCUCAGGUCUUUUUGUGCUCGGCCAGAAAGAGGACUGCAGCUUAUUUUCUUUUUAACGUAGACUUCCCAAAGCCUGCAGUGUGGCAGCGCAAUGCCAAAAGAAACCUCCCCGCUCCUGCAUCCACCACCUGCAAAUCUCAGUUACAGCAUGAAAAAGAAUCAGAAAUCUAGUUAAAGGAUUGUUUAGUCUUUUGAGUGUGUAAUGCAGCUUUUUUUUUGUCAAAUUGAAACCUUUUCAGACAGAGAGGAACUGUGUAGCCGCGUUGUAAGGGGAACUACAGGGGAAAUGUCUUUAAAUUAGGUGUGAGAGGGCAGGUGUGUUCACUGAAAUGCCAUCUGUCGGCGUGUGUGAGUAAACAGAAUACGAGUGUGUGUGUGUGUGUUUAUUUCGUCACUGUCUUCAGAGAGAUUUUUUCGGGGAGGUAGUGGGUGGGCGGUGGUUUUAAAAAAUUGUAAGGCUAUGUUUCUGUUUUAUUUGUUUACUAGUAAAAUGCAAAAAAGUCCACUCGACAAAGUUGUCAUGUAUUAACCUAAGCAUUAAUGUCUGUCGACGGGAGCCUUCUCCUUUUUCCAUCCAUGGCCUGAUGUCCGUCUUCCACCAAUUCAAUACAAACGUGUGUGUGUAAGUGUGCGAGUGUGUGUGUGUGAGUGCGACUCCCUCCUCCACAUGCUGCGUUGGCAUCUGUGGCUGGGCGGCGUAUGUGUCAAUGAUGCAACUAUUGCUCCUCAUCUCCGUCCCUCCUCCUACUCCCACCCUCUUCUUCAAAGACCCUGGUGCUCUCAGCAUCUGCCUUAAGAAGCAGGUGUGGAAUCUCUCAAAGAACAAGACUACAGUCAGACCAGUUGUUUAAGCUACAGGUUUCAGCAUCAGGGGAAAAAAAGUCAUCUUCUCGUGUGUAUUUGGUUUUUGCACAUUUUAUCCCUGUAUACAAAGUGGCUAAUAAUGCCUUAAAACAGUCACAGACGUACAACCCAACAGAAAGGGGUAUAUGAUAUGUAUGAGUGUAUAUGAUAUAUCGACAUGUAACACAAAGGCCAUUCCUUUCCAUCGUGACAGUCUCAGGCGUGGUGCUUUUCAUGAAUUACACAAUAAACACACAGACACACCGCGUCAUAGCUCCAUGAAACAUCGCUGUCGCCUGCCGCCUUUCUCCACCGAAAGGUUCAACAAUGUCUGUUUAUUGAACAAUAACUUAAAGGAGGGCGUUUUGUGCACUUACUUUUUAAGAAUUGGAGAAUUUGGACACUGUCUUCUAAAGAAAAAAAAAAGAAAAAUCACUUCAAAUGUUGGAAAUAAACCCUUUGAAAAUGAAAUGUGGAGCAGCAAUUUAUAUUUGCCAUUGAUAUUAAAAGAAUAAAACAUUUGAAACCCUUGUUUACCUACCUA